CUUGGGUGAGGCCGAUAUAUGCCUGUCCGUGUUGUUGAGUCGUUUCACGCGUUAGCCGAAAAAAACCUCGUAACGACCCACAGCACAUCCGCUUGACCUCUGACCUUGUCCCACGCUUUCUCGCCUGCCCGCGCAACGACAGGUGUUGAUAAGCUCUCGUUCUGUAAACAACGACUGCAAGCAGUUCAUCGACACAGAGAACAACAGGGAAGGUUUUAUUCUCGCUCGGUUGUCCACCUCAGCUUCUACAACCUACAUACGGAGGCAAGUAACUCAUCUGUCACCUCCUCCCCCUCCUCACCAGGUCGACAGGGAAGUGAAGGUGGCUCCAAGUCCCCCGUCUUCGUGUGACGUUACAGCACGCCGUCACGUGACGUGUUACGAACCCGAACACCACAGACACACUGCUGUGCGCCUCUGUGAAGUAGGAGGGUCACAGCUGUGGCUAUACUACUGUUGAGAAGCCAGCAAAAUACAGAGUGGAGGACCACCUCAGAGGACACACCGCAUGGACCACUAGGGCGACACAUCACACACUGUAGGAAGUGCAAGUCCGAGGAAAACAGAAGUGCGACAGCAACCUGUUGUUGACAGCAACAUGGCAGACGAUAAGUGCGAUGGCAUACGACCGACGACAUCUCUUCACUGGGGCGACAUCCUCACAAUAGCUGUGUACUUCGUGGUUGUCUUGCUGGUUGGUCUGUGGGCGACACUGCGCGCUCGGAAGGACACGGAUGCCAGAGGCUACUUCCUGGCCGGAAAAAGAAUGACCUUUCUGCCUAUCGGCGCCUCCAUCUUCGCCAGCAACAUCGGCGCCCCCAUGUUUGUGGGUCUGGCGGGCACCGCCUCGGCGUCUGGCAUAGGAGGCAUGAUCUACGAAUGGCAUGCAAUUCCUUUCAUCUUGAUGCUGUCUUGGGUCUUUGUGCCUGUCUUUACAGCAUGCGGGGUGUUUACGAUGCCAGAAUACAUACGUAGGAGAUAUGGAAGAGAGCGUUUGAGGACCUACCUGUCGGUAUUGUCCAUCCUCCUCUACGUACUCACAAAAAUAUCGGUGGAGAUGUAUGCGGGUGCAGUAUUUGUUCAAAUACUCUUCGGCUGGAACAUUUACAUUGCAGCCAUCGCGAUGCUUGCAUUUUCUGCAAUAUUCACAAUGACAGGUGGUCUGACAGCAGUCAUCUUCACUGACACCAUGCAGACUGUCAUCUUGGUCGCCGGAGCAUUCGUACUGAUGGGCAUAAGUCUGGAGAAGGUGGGCGGGUACGAGGCGCUGCAGGAGAAGUACAUGCGUGCCGUGCCGUCUGAUGCUGUGAACAGCACGUGCGGCAGUCCGCGGCCAGACUCCUUCAGUCUCCUGCGGGAUGUGACGUCAGACUACCCGUGGAUCGGAACGCUCUUCUUCAACAUUCCUGCGGACAUCUGGUUCUGGUGCUCGGAUCAGAUCAUGGUUCAACGGUCCCUGUCAGCCAAGAGUCUGUCCCAUGCCAAGGGCGGGUCUGUAGUGGCUGGCUACUUAAAGGUGUUGCCCUUUUACCUGUUUGUAAUACCUGGGCUUGCUGCAAGAGUACUUUAUACAGAUGAAGUUGCGUGUGUGGACCCAGAGAAGUGUCGUUGUAUCUGUGACAACCCCAGUGGCUGCUCUAACAUCGCCUACCCGCUGCUGGUCCUGAGAAUUCUGAAUCCGGGGUUGAGAGGGUUGAUGGUGGCGGCGCUGUUUGCGGCAGUGAUGAGUACUCUGUCCUCCGUGUUUAACAGCGCCAGCAGCAUCUUCACCAUGGACCUGUGGCGCCGCUGCCGGACACGCGCCUCGCAAUGGGAGCUCCUCAUCGUGGGCAGAGUGGUGGUGCUGGUGCUGAUGGGCUUGGCCAUUCUGUGGAUCCCCGUGAUGAGUGCUGCUCAGGGCGACCAGCUGUGGCAGUACUUCCAGAUGCUGAUGUCGGCUGUGGGGCCGCCCUGGGCCAUGGUGUACAUCAUGGGCGUCUUCUGGACCCGCACCACUGAGCCGGCAGCGUUCUACGGCAUGCUGGGUGGCCAGACACUGGGCUUUGCCCGGCUUAUCUUGGCCUUCGUCUACCUGGCGCCGCCAUGUGGGGAGGAGGACACACGUUACACGUUCCUCAAGAUCCACUUCCUGUACGUGGCCGCCAUGGAGGCGGCGGUAGCAGGAGGACUGAUGGUAGCGAUCACCUUCGUGACGCCAUCGCGACCCGUGAACAAGCUGCGGCGAGUGACGUACUGGACACGAAAUGACCCGCAGAUGCCCGAUGUCAGUGAGGACGAGGAAGAGGAUGGGAAAGAAAGAAACUCGCCACAAAGUGAAACGGACGUCACACCAGCUAAAAGGUCGACUCGUCUGGAGAUCAUCUGCGGCAUGGAGACAAGGCCGAAAACUCUGUCGCGAGAGGAGGCGGCGCUGCUACAGCAGAAGAUGACGUCAAUCAAAGAAAGGCCAAAGGUCAGGCGACUUCUGGACGCCAACGCCAUCAUCCUGCUAGCCGUUACGACCUUUAUAAUCGCUUAUUACAGAUGAAAGCUCUGAUACCAGCAUCUAAACACUAUUAUCACUAGGAGGUCAUCGAGUGCGGAGACGACCCAUUGUGAACACUGUUGUUGUGUAUUCAGACUGCAUCGGCCUGCGAUUAUGUUGACGACAGAGACUCACAUCAUCAUCGUCAUCAUCAUCAUCAUCAUCAUCAUCAUCAUUAUCAUCAUCAUGGUAUACAGGCAUAAGUUCUCCUUCGUAUGUACAGUCAAUUUAAAUUUCCGUGCUGUUGCUAUCUCACAUACAUGGACAAACGCUCGCCCACACACACACAGUCUCACGCACGCACAUAUACACACACAGUCACACACACACACACACAGUCACACGCACGCACAUACAAGCAUGCCUGUACCUAUCUAAAAGGGUCGAUGUACCCCGUGUGAGAUUCCCGUGUGAGAUGUAUUCCCUAUGUGCAGCCUGUGGUCUCGUGAAUAAGUAACAGGGGGCGUAUUUAUGGUAGUCCUCAGGGUGUGUGAUUAACGAGGUGGUAUAGAACAUAAAAUUAAAGCUAAACGAAAAUUCAACAGGAGCUCACUUUUGUGGGAAAAUGCAAAAUCGACCGACGACUGCAUGACCACCCAAAACUGAGUUCGGAAGCCAACAUUUACAAGAUUCUAUUUCAAACGGUGUAUCACAGUCGCCUUUAUUGUAGUUAUAAAUAUUUAAAUCUUUCUCUCGCGAUCUUUUCAGCUUAAAGCCAUCCGGGGUGAAGCGAUAUGAAAGGGAUAAUUGCAGAUUUUUAUAUUUCUCGUGUUUCUUGUUGCUGUUGUUAUUCUUUCAAAGCUAAGACUCUGAAAUGUAUAGAAAGAUCGAGGGUCUUAUGUACAUUGGUACACUGUGUCUGGUUUGUAACUUUUAAUUAAACAUCUUUAUAUUACUUAUUUUAAGCUGUUCCUUGUUGACAAAGUGCAUCGCUUUCGUAAGGAAUGUCGAUGUUGGAGGUUCGGACCAUCUGUUGUUUCUUCUUGAAGCCUCAUAAAUCUACCUUGCGUGUGUCCUCAUAGUAAGGUCGACUAGUUCUUAUAGCUAAGAGCUUUUAUUACAUGCAUUUAGCAAAUACAUUACUACAGGAUUUCAAUUUAUUUGCCAGUAACAGAUUUUCACAUGUUUGUAAGUGUAUAUUUAUGUUGCCAGUUUAUGUCGAGCUUAAAGAGGAUAUAAAAAGACUUUUUGUCACCCAUGUAAAUGAGCAGAUAUUAAAACAAUUUAUUUGAA